AUGGCAUUCCCUGUGGAUAUGUUGGAUAAUUGCAGUCAUGAAGAACUGGAAAAUUCUGCUGAAGAUUACAUGUCAGAUCUGAGGUGUGGGGACCCUGAAAAUCCGGAAUGUUUUUCUCUUCUCAAUAUUACGAUUCCUAUUAGCCUGUCAAAUGUAGGCUUUGUACCUCUCUAUGGUGGAGAUCAGACCCAGAAAGUUCUUGCUCUUUUUGCACCUGAGGACUCACUCACAGCUGUGGCACUUUACCUUGCUGAUCAGUGGUGGGCUAUUGAUGAUAUUGUGAAAACAUCUGUCCCUUCAAGAGAGGGGCUUAAGCAGGUGAGAACUCUUGGGGAGAGAGUGGUUCUGUAUGUUCUGAAUCGAAUUAUUUAUAGAAAGCAGGAAAUGGAGAGAAAUGAGAUCCCAUUCCUGUGUCAUAGCAGUACUGAUUAUGCUAAGAUUCUGUGGAAGAAAGGAGAGGCCAUUGGGUUUUAUUCAGUUAAGCCUACAGGAAGCACGUGUGCCUCAUUUCUCACCCAAAGCUACCAGCUGCCAGUUCUGGACACAAUGUUUGUGAGAAAGAAAGAUCGCGGCAGAGACUGUGGGCUUCACAUGCUGGAGGACUUUGUUGAUUCCUUCACAGAAGACGCACUUGGCUUGCGGUACCCUCUGACCUCGCUCAUGUACAUAGCUUGCAACCAGUACUUUGAAAAAUAUCCAGGAGACCAUGAACUCCUUUGGGAAGUUGAAGGUGUUGGACACUGGUACCAGAGAAUACCAAUCACCAGAGCAUUACAAAGAGAAACACUUAAAAUUACAGCAGUUUCUCAGAAUGAAGCUAAAAGAUCUACAUCUGGAGAAUACAGUCUUGCCUCUGUUCCAGAAUACGAAGCAAGAACUGAAGACAGUCAGUCUAGUGAGAUGCAGCUAACUAUUGAUUCUCUAAAAGAUGCCUUUGCAAGUACUUCUGAAGGUCACGAUAAAACACCUGUUUCCACUCGUACUCGAAGUAGCCAUCUAAAGCGGCCAAAGAUUGGAAAGCGGUUUCAGGAUUCUGAGUUUACUAGUUCUCAAGGGGAAGAUGAAAAGACUCCUCAGACUUCUCCCACAGCUUCAGUGAACAAAUUGGAGUCUACUGCACGCACAUCAGAGAGCUCGGAAGAAUUCUUGGAAGAAGAACCUGCACAGAGUGUGAUUGAAUUUGAGGAUGAAAGUAGUGAUAAAGAUGUUCAACCAGCACCAGAAACCCAGCCAGGCCUGGAAAAGCAAGAAGGUGAAAAGGAAUCUGCACUAGAGCCUAUGAAUGGUGAGAUAAUAGAUGAUACUGUUAAGACUUCACUCGUAACAGAAGAGGAGGACUCCACUAGUGAAGUUUUAGAUGAAGAAUUAAAAUUGCAGUCUUUUAGUUCCAAUGAAGACUCUACGAAUCUGGCUCCACUGGUGGUAGACUCUUCACAACCCCUCGAGGGUGUUGCACCGGAUAAGGUUUCACAUGCCACUGACUCAGAAACGUUGCUGGACGAAGGUCCAUCUGAUGACAAGGGGCACACCGAGGAGAAGCUGCCUCUGGCUUCAAGGAAGAAGGCACAUUUUGGGAGUUCAGACAGUGUGGCUACUCUCCCAAAUGAAGAAAGGUCCGACAGUGCUUUUCCAAACUCUGUGAUUGCUGAAUUUUCUGAGGAAUCGAUCCCUGAAAAUGUGUCACCCAACACUACCGCCUCAUUGGAAGACCAGGGUGAGGAGGGGGUGGCCGAGCCCCAGGAAUCAUCUGCAGCUCUGCCUCAGAGCUCUCUGAUAGAGGUUGAACUUGAAGAUGUGCCGUUUUCACAGAAUGCAGGACAGAAGAACCUGUCAGAGGAGCAGUCUGAAGCGUCUUCUGAGCAGCUGGAUCAGUUGACACAGUCAACAGAGAAGACGGUGGACAGUAGCUCCGAGGAGAUAGAAGUGGAGGUGCCUGUGGUUGACAGGCGGAAUUUAAGGAGAAAGGCCAAAGGGCACAAGGGCCCUGCAAAGAAGAAAGCCAAGCUGACCUGA